AACUUUCUGCAAACGAGCUAUUGCAUAGCUAUAAAGAUUUGUCAAAGGUUCUAACUUUAAAGAGUCAUCAUGGGAACUUUGUCAUUAAGCGAUUUCGAGGAUGUGCGCAUCUGGGCGCCCUGGGGAUACCUUUAUGGACGCUGGUACGGCAGUCGAUCGGUGCGUCCUAUUCUGGCCAUCCACGGCUGGCUGGACAACCUGGGAAGCUUUGACACGCUUAUACCUUUCAUACCCGACUAUCUGAGUGUGCUUUGCGUCGAUUUGGCUGGACAUGGUGGCUCUGAUCGAUUGCCAGCUGGAAUGCAUUACAGCGCGGAUGAUUGGAUUAUUGCUAUUGCCAGGAUAAUGAAGCAAUAUAAAUGGCCCAAGGUCUCGCUGAUGGGUCAGUCCCUUGGAGGUUCACUCAGCUUUCUCUACGCCUCAAUCGCUCCGCAUUUGGUGGACAUGAUCAUCGCAUUGGACAUUGUUUUGCCACCUCUCGAAUCUUCUGACACCUUGUCGACAAUGGCGUACUUUAUGGAGAAACAUUUGCAGGAGGAGGCACGCUCUGCAAUCAACAUAAUGAAUGUGCCACGUACUUACACAGAAGACCAGCUGCGUUUUGGAUUGAGCAAGGCCAGCAACUUUUCGGUGCCGUUAGAGCUUAGCCAUCAUUUGCUCUAUCGCAGCGUGGCAAAGUCGCAGCUAUAUCCGAAUAAGUUCUACUUGACAAGGGAUAAUCGUGUUAAGUUUUAUACUUUAUUUCCAUUCAAUCCAGUUCUGGCUGCUGAAAUGGCAAGACGCAUCAAAAGAAUGCCUUAUCUUAUAAUUAAGGGCUCCGAGUCCAACUUUAUUAACUCUGGAGCUGACGAGGUUAUCUCCAUUUUAAAGAAUCAAAAUCCGUAUUUUGAAUACCACGUAGUGCCCGGCACUCAUCAUGUUCAUUUAAUGAAUGCCGAAGGAUGUGCCCAGCAUAUUGUUCCAUUUCUGAAACGACACCGACCCCCCGGAGCAAACAAAGAUGUCCAGGUGUCCAAUAAGCUCUAAAGAUACACUGGGGAAAGCUGAGUUGAUAACUUAGAAAAGUGAGGAAGUGGGAGCGAAAAGACAAUGAAACUUUAUUAAAUAAAAUA